AUGUACAACGUUAUCAAAUGGAAUACGGCUAGUGCUGUUUUGUUGGGAGACUCUCUCAUUUUAGAAGAGAUGCAAUAUAAAGAAUUAUUCAUGGCUUUCGGGUCUAAAAGGCCCUUACUGGAUCCGGCUUUCAUUGUGGUAGCUUUCAGUACUGGUUCUGAACUUCCAGAUGCUUCUUCGGUGAUUGUUUCUUCUUCAGCACAGGCUGUUGGAGUGUAAUCAACGUUUUUUUGUGGGCAACCUGCCACAAUAGCACUUAAAGUUUAAAAUAUAUGCUAUUUAUAUUUAUUGACAUGUAUAUAUAUAUUAUACUCAAUCACAUCUUAUACCUACUGUAUGGAAAAAGAAAAAAAUACAAGUAACAUUGUAAUCGAG